AUGGCAAGCAUUCUGAACGUCCAGCGCUUAACCGGGCUUGGCGGCAGGCGCCAGGAGAAGGGGCUGGACAGUGAUCGAGGAGCGUCCAGAGGCGGGUCCCUCCUGGGGGAGCGGGUGCGCAAUCCGUCUGGCCAAGCGUUAGCCCCAGUGAUUGGCCUUGGUGCUUCUGGGCUCCCCUGGGACCCUGCGCAGCCAGGGAGGUUGGGAGAAGGGAAGACAGAGACUUCCCGGUCCCAGCAGGAACCGCUCAAGAAGGGCCCUGAAGACCCGGCAGCCCCCAGCCGGUCCAGGGACCCCCCACAGAUGCCACAGGGGUCGGUGACAGCCAGCGCUCACGCGUGCCUUGGCCUUUGGCCCAUGGCAGCCGCGGGCUCGCUGGGUCCUUGGAUCAAAUCUGGGGUCCCUCCAGACGCAAUCGAGAUAAGGCUGGACCGGAGCAGGGCGGGCCCUCAUCCAGUGACUAGUGCCCUGAAGACAGGAGACACGAGGAAGACCACGGGAGGACCAAUGGGGAGGCCCCGACCGGCCCGAUUCCCUGCCUGAGGCUUUCCAGAAGAAACGUGAAGGCGAGCCGUGUCUCUGAGCUGUCCCCUGUGUCCCCUUCUCCGCCCGAGCCUGGCCAGGCCUGGCCAGGCCACCCCCCAAAGGGGCCGGGCCCCCCAGUCCCGCGGCAGGAGGGAAGCUUGCCUUUCUGGAGUCUCAGGAGCCGGCUCCUUGAACCUGGAAAGCCCAGCCUGGGGUCCGCUCGGGGUGUGUCGGUGCUGGUCCUCCACCUGGAUUUGAGGCGCCGUGGGCGAGGGGGAGGGGGCCCGGCGAGCUCCGCGGCCGCCCGGGGCCCCCAGCCCAGCCAGUGGGAACACUGACAAGACUGUACUCAGGCCACACUCUCGUCUCCGCCUUUCCUUGUGGCCUCACUUGUGCAAAGGCGUGGAAUUUGGGCUCUGACGGAGAGAGGCCCAUUGGGGCUCCGUCUGUGAAGAUUCCAACUUCUGCUCGGGUCAUGAUCUCGAGAUUCGUGGGUUCGAGCCCCAAGUGGGACUCUGUGCUGACAGCUCAGA